AUGCUUGUGCAGAGAGUCAACGGAGACUUUUUUUCUGCCCGUAGGUCUCUUGUUGUCUUUGUGUACGUGUUGCUUCUUCUUUUGAAUAAGGCCUCUGGGCUGCUGAAGAAUUUGGAAAUAAUAAGAUACUUUAAAAAUGCAGAACAAAAAAAGAUAAUGCUCUAUGGGUUGACUUCCAUUCUCUCCUAUCUCAAGGACCUUCUUAUAAUCCCUGUUGAAAUGGACUAUCUGUCGAUGGCAAUAUACAGCAAACACCAUGCCAUUAUGAGAGCACUGGAGAACGGUGGAAGCGAAGAUGAGAUAAGAAAGCUAAUUGUGGAAAAAGAAGCAGAGAUCGAAAUAAGCGAGACAAGAAUCAGAUACAGCAAGAGAUACUCGAUGUAUGCAGUUAAGUCGGCUGUUAUUAUCGCUCUGUUGUACAGUACGGGCAUUGAAGUGUUUAUUAUCACUGUUCUAUUCCUAGCGGUAGAUCUGUUUAUAAAACAAAAAAAACAAAAAAUAGAAGAGGAAAAACAAACCGUGCAUUUGAAAUACACAGUAGCGCUGGACAGAGUGUACAGUCAAAUUGCAGCAUAUAACCACCCGAUAGAGAGCACACAGCAUGCUAAAAAAGAGCAUACUGCGGCAUUAAGACAUGCUCACAGGAGCAGCACAUUGCAGUACAAGAGCCAGUCUACUGUGAAAGAGCUGCAGAAGUCGCUGUUCACUGUGCUAGAAACCGUAGUUUUCUGCACUUAUGUAGUGAUAUCAAUCACAGUUCUAUGCACGAAGGAUAAAGACAUGGAGUACUUUAUAAUUAUAUACAAAAAGGUAGACAAACUCACCAAAUACUUCAUGAAAGUGUUCUAG